AUGGUCUUAGAACCACAACAACUAAAAAACGUAUUGAUUGAGGAAUUCCCAGGAAGAACGCGUCAAAUUGAAACAUUACUGAAUUGGUUUGGCGCGCCAAAAGAAAAGACUCCACCUACGAUUUUCAUUCACGGAAAUAGAGCACUCGGAAAGACUGAACUAGUUAGGAGACUCUUUAAACUCGGUUUCACUUCUCGUCAAUACUCUUUUCUUGACUGUAGAGUUUGUUAUUCUGCUGAAGAUUUAUUCGGAAUUACGUUAACUAAUUUAACUGGAAAACAACAUUCUUGCAAAAACAUCAAUGAUUUUGCUAUGGAAUUGCAAGAAAUAUGCGAACUAGAUUCUGAAACUAGAUAUAUGAUCUUUGAUAACGCGGAUGUAUUAUGGGACUUAUCAUCGACAUUAACACCCGCCUUACUGACACUUCCUCAAUGGGCAAUCCCGUGGGAAAAAUUCAGAAUUGUCGUUGGGACAUCUGAGCCAUGGCAAAUAUUUUUUCCAGAAUAUACAAAAGAUAUCCAGAUUUCAUCAAUUAUUUUAUUUC